AUACAUGCAUAGAAAAUAGAAGACUACCAACAUGCUCACCAUUAACGUGUCAUUGAAACUAUCCUUAUAUAUAUUCCCCUUAAUAUUUUCUCUAAUUCAUUGCCUUUAAUCUACCAUGGCUUUUACCACCACUAAUAAUAAUGCACUUCUCUUUUGGGUACCUCUAUGCCUUCUUGUUUUCCUUAUUUCUCCCUCCUUAGCUCAGCUACCACUGCUUCAAAGGCAGCCGCAACAACCAAGGGGCCAGCAAUGGCAACAUGACUGCGACAUCCAGCAGCUGCAAGCGGCUGAGCCAACUCACCGUCUCAGGGCUGAGGCUGGGGUGAUCGAGGUUUGGGAAUCGAACAGUGAGCAGUUCCGCUGUGCUGGGGUGGCGGCAGUCCGUUAUGUUAUUGAGCCUAAAGGCCUUCUCUUGCCUUCCUACACCAAUGCUCCUUAUGUCACCUACGUAACACAAGGGAGGGGUAUACAAGGAGUUAUAGUCCCAGGGUGCCCUGAGACCUUCGAGUCACCACGAGGCAGUGGUUCGGAUACAACUCGAGAAGGACAACGUGAUCAACACCAGAAGGUUUUCCGAGUUCAGGAAGGUGACGUGAUAGGAUCACCUGCCGGUGUCGUUCAAUGGACUUACAAUGAUGGGGAUGCCCCUAUUGUUAGUGUCACCUUGCUCGACCUUAGCAAUCCUAAUAACCAGCUUGAUCUCAAUUUUAGGAGUUUCUACCUAGCUGGAGAUCCCCAAGGUGGCCAGGAGCGAAGACCUAAAGAAGUUGCAGGGAAAAACAUCUUCAAUGGCUUCGACGAUGAGAUGUUAGCUGAUGCUUUUAAUGUAGACACCGAGACAAUAAGGAGCAUGAAGGCUGAGAACGAUGAGAGGGGCAGCAUUAUUCGAGUCGAACGUGAUCUCGAGAUAUUAAGCCCUGAAUGGGAUGACACAGAAGAGGAGAGAACAAGGAGACUAAAUGGCUUGGAACAAACCUUAUGCUCCUUAAUCUUUAAACAAAACAUCGAUCGACCUUCGCUUGCUGAUGUUUUUACCAAGCAUGGUGGUCGUAUUAACACCCUUAAUGGCCACAAACUUCCCCUCUUGCAAUAUCUACAACUCAGUGUUGAGAGGGGAGUGCUCUACAAGAAUGCACUGAUGACACCCCACUGGAACAUAAAUGCCCACAGCAUAAUCUACAUAACAAGGGGUACGGGUUGGAUCCAAGUAGCCCGAGAAAAUGGGCGGUUAGUAUUUGAUGACCGAGUCCAAGAAGGGCAGCUCUUGGUAGUCCCACAGAACUUUGUGGUGGUGAAGAAGGCAGAACAAGAAGGGUUAAAAUGGGUGUCGUUUAAGACCAAUGACAACGCGAUGAUUAGUCCUUUGGCCGGAAAGCUAUCGGCCAUCCGAGGCAUGCCGGAGGAGGUGCUCAUGAAUUCUUAUGACAUGUCUAGGGAUGAAGUGAGGAGGCUCAAGUAUGGAAGGGAAGAGUUAAGUCUGUUUAGUCCUAGGACUAGGUCAUUCUAGCUAGGGAAGUUUGUGGAAUGAGUUUGUAAUUUUGUGUGUAAAAUUUAAGUGGGUUUCAAAGUUGUUUUUAGAAUGUAAUUAGUUGAAUAAGAGAAAGAAACUUAACUUGCCCAAUAAUGUUUUUAUCUCUGUUUAGGUUUGGUAAAUGAGAUUAAUCAAAUGUUUAUUAU